AUGGGUUUCUUCGGCACCAUAUUUGGUUUUUUUGGCUUUGGAUUUGGAAUUUCCAUGGGUUUGGCUAUUGGAUAUUAUCUCUUUAUCUAUGUUCAACCCAGUGUUGUUGAGGAUCCUGAAAUUAAACCAUUGGUAGAUGAAGAUUCAGAAGAUAUACAACGAAUGUUUCCUGAAAUACCACUUUGGAUAAAGAAUCCAGACUUUGAUCGGGUUGAUUGGCUUAACAAACUUGUUGAAUAUAUGUGGCCAUACCUGGAAAAGGCAAUAUGCAAGACAGCAAGAACAAUUGCAAAACCUAUAAUUGAUGAACAAAUACCACAAUAUAAAAUUGAUGCUGUUGAGUUUGAAGAGCUAACACUAGGGUCCUUGCCGCCAACUUUUCAAGGAAUGAAAGUUUACGAGACUGAAGAGAAAGAGUUAAUAAUGGAGAUUGCUGUAAAAUGGGCAGGAAAUCCUAAUGUCACUGUAGCUGUUAAGAAAUUUGGGUUUAAAGCAACCAUUCAGGUGCUGGAUCUGCAAGUUUUUCUUCUACCUCGCAUUACUUUGAAGCCUCUGGUUCCAAGUUUUCCAUGCUUUGCCAAUAUUUACGUGUCUCUCAUGGAAAAGCCACAUGUUGACUUUGGGCUAAAGCUUGUAGGGGCUGAUCUUAUGUCUAUUCCUGUACUUUACAAAUUUGUUCAGGAGUUGAUCAAAGAUCAAGUUGCAAAUAUGUAUCUAUGGCCAAAAACCUUAGAAAUUCAAGUUAUAGAUCCAAUGAAAGCUAUGAAGAAGCCUAUUGGAAUUUUAAAUGCAAAGGUUAUAAGAGCAAUGAAGUUAAAGAAGAAAGAUCUUCUUGGUGCAUCCGAUCCUUAUGUGCAAUUAACACUUACCGAAGAUAAGUUGACAUCGAAAAAGACUACUGUGAAGCACAAGAACUUGAAUCCUGAAUGGAACGAGGAAUUUAGUCUAGUUGUUAAAGAUCCUGAGACCCAAGCUUUAGAGUUUGAAGUGUUUGACUGGGAACAGGUUGGGAAACAUGACAAGAUGGGUAUGAAUAUGAUUCCUUUGAAAGGACUUCAACCUGAAGAACCCAAAGUUUUUACUCUUGAACUUUUGAAAAACAUGAAUCCAAAGGAUGCUCAAAAUGAAAAGUCUCGUGGCCAAAUUAUUAUGGAAUUGACAUAUAAACCAUUUAGAAAGGAAGAGUUGGCUAAAACUUUUGAGCGGGCUCAAACAGUACAAAAGCCUCCUGAAGGAACUCCUCCUGGUGGAGGUUUACUUGUAGUUAUAAUCCAUGAAGCUCAAGAUGUGGAAGGAAAGUACCAUACUAAUCCACAUGUGCGUCUUAUUUUCAAAGGAGAAGAGAGAAGGACCAAGAUCAUUAAAAAAAACAGAGAUCCAAGGUGGGAAGAAGAGUUCCAGUUUUUGGUGGAUGAGCCUCCCACAAAUGAUAAAAUACAUGUGGAAGUUGUUAGCACUUCGUCACGAAGCCUUCUACGUCAAAAGGAAUCUUUGGGUUAUGCAAACAUUAGUCUCGCGGACGUUGUUGCGAACAAUAGAAUCAACGAGAGGCACCAUCUUAUAGACUCCAAGAAUGGUCGUAUCCAGAUAGAGCUACAGUGGAGAGCUUCAUAA